AUGAGUCCAUUUUACAAAUCUAAACAACUAGCUAGUGAUAUUUGCAGAAAAAGGAGGUAAGACAGAAGUUAGUCUCUUCUGGACUUGGGAAGACCUUCAGGCUUGGCUUGCUGAAACCCAAGAUAUGACUUGGGGGGGACUCCCUGGAAAACAUGGGUGUAGCCAGGGUUUAUUUUAGGGGGACAGGCUUUAUGUUGGGGGACAGAACUGAGAUAUCCAUGAUGCAAUUGGUCAGUUAGUUAAGUAUUUUUAUUUAUUUACUUGAUGGGGGGGCAGCUGCACCCCCUGGCUACGUCCAUGCUGGAAACCUAAUGGGGGAGCAACUUCUAUUGGCGUUUUAAUGCUGUGAGUCCUUCCAUCUCAUUCUUAGGUUGUAUACAUGUGUAAAUAGAGCAAUAUUACAAAAAACAAACCAACCACCACAGUCUCCAGGGACCAUUACAAGGAAAUCUAAACCAAAGUAGGUGCCAGCACCCCUGAAAUCUCUCACAAUUUGCAUGUGUGUGUGUGUGUAACAAUAUGCAUACUUAGGUGUAAGGUCCAUUGAAUUUAAGAGACUUUUUAGGAUUGCAUUCUAAUCUUAGGAUGCCACGGACUUUAUCUCAUAUGAGGAUGAUGGAACAGAGCUUUGAUACAAUGGCAGGUUAAUAAUGCUCAGGUUAAUGCAGAAGCAAACAUUCCUUCAGCUACCUGCAUAGGGAUUUUAAGGUAAACACCAACUCUUGAAUUGGACUCUUACAUGGACCGGAAGCCACUGGAGUUCUCAAAGUGCUUAUACAAUAUAUUUAGUCUCAGUUUAUACAAUAUGCAAUUGCAGUUUCAUUGUCACAGUGAAUUAAUCAACAUUAAUUGGUUUGAUCAGUAUGAAACAGAAGGAGAAACGGUCAUAGAGUGGUACCUCGGUUUAAGAACAGUCUGCUUUAAGAACGAUUUGGUUUACAAACUCCGCAAAACCGGAAAUAGUGUCCUGGUUUGAGAACUUUGCCUCGGUCUAAGAACGGAAUCCAAACAGUGGAAGGGCACUGGUGGUGGGAGGCCUUAUUAGGGAAAGCACGCCUCGGUUUAAGAACAGUUUUGGUUUAAGAACGGACUUCCGGAACGGAUUAAGUUCAUAAACCAAGGUACUUGGUUUUAUAGUGAUUUGUAAGUGGCAUUACAGCUAACAGUGUAAAAGACGAAAUGUAAGUUCCAUUACAUUAUGACAAAAAGUACAAUAUAGCAGAGCGAUACUGAAUUGACAUCACUCCCUCAUUUUGAGGUGGUGAUGAUUGUAACCAACAUGUGCUGAGGACUAUGACACAGCAUGCUUCAAGACCUGUUCACAAGACAACUGCAACAGGACUGUUGUUUUUGCUGGGGCAUGUCUUGAUCACAUUCCUUGGAAAAUACAGAGGCUCUGUAGCACCACCCACACCUUUUAAUCUUGAUUCUUAGACAAACCAGAACAGCAUCUUAGUGGCUAAGAUACGGUUACUAUAGUAAUAACUGUAAACACUGGAAAGGCGCCGCCAAUCCUGUCCCAGCGUUCCAAUAGCAACAGAGGGAAAUGGCUUCCAAAGAAUCCACAACUUCCUAGGAGUCAAAGGUAUACUUUUUACAGAAUUUCAUUAAGUAAAACUUUAUUAUUUAUUAUACUUUUCAGAUAUAUACAUUUCACUGAUUUUACAAUCAUUUUGACAUUUUAAAUCUUAACUUCCUCCCCCCCCUUUCUGCAGUUCCUUAAAUUUAUUUUCAAUAUCUUCUGCAUAUCCAAAUUAACUUGACUUACUCAUUUGUUUAUCUUCUUUAAGUAUAUACUCUUAUGUAACUGCAGGUUACUACAAUAAUCCUGCCAGUGUUUUUAUCUGUUUACAAUUUAUCUGUAAUAUUCAAUAAACCAUUUCCAUUCUUUAUAAAAAGUUUGUUAUCUUGAUUUCUUAUUCUCCUGGUAAGUUUCACCAUUUCUGCAUAAUCCAUAAGUUUUGUAUCCAUUGUUCCUUUGCUGGGACUUCUGCUUCUUUCCAUUUGGGGGCAAGUAACAUUCUUGCCGCUGUAGUCGCAUAUAUGAAUAAAUUUCUAUACGAUUUAAGUAGUUCUAUCCCUGUAAUUCCCAAGAGAAAGGAUUCUGGGGUUUUUUUACAAAUGUUAUUUUAAACAUCCUUUUCAUUUCAUUGUAUAUCAUUUCCCAUUGAGUAAAACUUUAAACAAAAAAAAAAGAAUGAAUGUAAGCAAAGUUGUGAUUUAGCACAUGCUGAGCAAACAAUGUCAACUGAGGUCUGAAGACACCUUAGCACAAAGGCAUAAAUGAGGAUCAGAAAAAUCAUUGUACGUGGAACAGGAAGACUGAAGAGAUAUCGUAAAAAGUCUUUUUAGGAGAACCUUUCUAACUAAGCUAAAAAGUGGCUCAUCCCAAAGGCAGCGACCAAUACAAACCAUAAUAAAAUAGGUUUAUUUAAAGUAACUGUUUCCAGAUGUUCAAGUUCCCUGGACUUGCUUGCAGUUCAGGAGGUGGUCCCUGGGAAUUGUCUUGCCCAAGGUUCCUUCAAGAUCUGGAAAUGACACUAACUUUUGGACUUGUAUGGGGAUACCUUUGAAGCCCCACUUCUCAUGAAGGUAAUUUUGAAUCAGUCAAUACAGACUCAGCUUAAACCAUCCUUCCAUUGCUUAUUCAGUUCCCCAUAGUUUGCUCUUGAUUUCUUCUAGUUAGAGCAUCACUAUUUAAUCAAUUAGGUUAUUUAUUUUUAUUUUAAAGAACCCUUUCAUAAAAUUGGAAGGGGUCCUCAGGGUCACUUUUUCAAACGCCCUGCAAUGCAGGAAUCGCAAAUAAAGAAUCCCUGACCGAUGGCCACCCAACCUCUGUUUAAAAACCUCCAAGGAAGGGGACUCCACCACCUUUCAAGGUAAUCCAUUCCACAAUCGAGCAGAAAGCUCUUCCUAAAGUUUAGUCAGAAUCUUCUUUCUUGUCAUUUGGCUCCAUCGGUCGAGUCCUACCUUCUGAAGCAGCAGAAAACAAACUUUCUCUGUCUUCCACGUGGCAGCCCUUCAACUAAAAAAUGCCACAGUUAAAAAGACAGUACAUUAAAAAAAAAAUAUUAAGAUGACUUUAAAAAUUAAGCACUACUUUAAAAAGGUCAUUUUGUCUUUCACAUACAGGAGAAUUAUCUUCCAAGAUGAAGCCUGCUACAAUAUACAGGCACAUGAUCUAAGAACAAGAAAUGUAUGGUUCCCCCACACACACCUUCAGUAUGAUAUUCCCACCCCCUUAUAUGCUGAUUUGUGCAAAUUCAAUUGAUUCAUUAAUAUUUCCUUCAUUUGUUGCAGCCCUAGUUUCUACGCUUCCUGAGGUGAACUAUUUCCCAAUUCAUCAGACAAGUAAGUACAUAUUCCAUGUUCUGUCCUCAGUUGCCGACCAAGUGGCCAUCAAGGAAAUUAUCCAAAUGUGGAGUCCAUAGACCAUGAAACAGCCGACUGUGGAGAGCAGUUACUAAUGUGAAGGAUCCUUUAAGCAGCCUCCCCCUGGCAUGUUUAUUCUGUGUGAGGUUUGUUAUGUACUGAAGUUCUCACCCUGGGCCAGCAGGGGGUCACUGUAGAUAGUUUUCACUCAGGUCCACAUAUGCAAAUAAGGGAUUGAAAGUGACUUUCAGUGAUUGGAUAGUUACAGAAAAUUGUUACAGUUGUGUUGUAGUGGAGCUCUAAUAAGCAGGCUGGCUGAACCCUUCAGUUCAGUUCAGUUCUGGCCUGUGAAUAAACAAGAGCUGUUUGAAGAAUUGCUGUGUCGUUUGAUAUGUUCAACCACAACUUAACAAGGUUCCUUCUCCUGCUGAAAGGAAAAGCCCUAAGAUUGCAUCAAAUAUUAUCGUAUUUGGAGUUACCAAAAUCUUUCUAUAUCUGAAACAAAAAUAAUUCAAACACUUCAUAUGGUUGUACAGUAUCUUAAGCUUGAAAGGAUAGGGCAACUUUAUCACUGUUGUUGUUCUGCUCUUCUUGCAAAACUUUACAAAGGAGCUCUGCUCAGCUCAGUUACGGAAAAGCUAGCUCCCCCCACCCCCAUUGCCAGUCACUUUGUUGGGGGGGGGGAGAGACUCUAAUUUAUUCUGGGGAAAUAGCCCUGUUGACACACCAUGUAAAUAUGCCCUGUUACAAUAUAAAGACAGCAAUGCCCCACAACUUCACAGAUAUUUUUCAUUUGAAAUUGUGCACUCCCACUGAGCAUAUCUCUCUCCGUCAUUUAUUUAUUUUUAAAAGUGAACAGUAAAUACAUAGGGUUGCCAUAUUUCAAAAAGUGAAAAUUCGGACAGAAAAGUUGUUUACCUUUUGGGGGGGGCGGGAUUGCCAAAAAAUCAACACUAUGUCCGGGAAAUUACGGAUGUUUGGCAGCCACAUACAUACAUACAUAAUUUUAUUUGUAUGCCACCUUUCCACAGUUCAAAUCAUGCUCCAGGCGGCUUACUACAGGGAAAAAAUAUACAGUGGUACCUCGGGUUAAGUACUUAAUUCGUUCCAGAGAUCCAUUCUGAACCUAAAACUGUUCUUAACCUGAAGCACCACUUUAGCUAAUGGGGCCUCCUGCUGCUGCCGCGCUGCCAGAGCACAAUUUCUGUUCUCAUCCUGAAGCAAAGUUCUUAACCUGAAGCACUAUUUCUGGGUUAGCAGAGUGUGUAACCUGAAGCGUAUGUAACCUGAAGCGUAUGUAACCUGAGGUACCACUGUAACUACAACAUAACAAAAGAAGCCAUAAACAAUAAAUAAAACGUUAAAAAUAUACAAUCAGACCAAAUGAUUUUCACAUGAAUCACAACAAGAUCUACAAUAAAGAUACAAAAAAAAAAAAACCCAACAGCAACAACCCCCUCCCCAACAACAACCAAAAAACCCCAAACAAUACCCCAGCUCAAGAGUCUGUUCAGCAGCCUCAGUUUUUGUAGCUGGAGUCAGUCAGGGUCCCGCUCUCCCAGGCCAGGUAGAAAAAGGCCUGCAAGGCAGACAUCAGGUCUUACAGUACUCACAGCCAAUAUGGUAUCUGGCCUCUUCAGCAGCCUCAGGGUUGUCGCAUGGAAAAGUUAUCAAACUACAUGUGCCAUAUCUACAUUACAGUGCUACCUCUGGUUACGUACUUAAUUCGUUGUGGAGGUCCGUUCUUAACCUGAAACUGUUCUUAACCUGAAGCACCACUUUAGCUAAUGGGGCCUCCCGCUGCCGCCACCCCGCUACCACGCGAUUUCUGUUCUCAUCCUGAAGCAAAGUUCUUAACCCAAGGUACUAUUUCUGGGUUAGCAGCGUAUGUAACCUGAAGCGUAUGUAACCUGAGGUACCACUGUACUGUAUGUUCAUGACAGUAUGGUGUGUGGGUGUGUUGUAGUUGGGGGUGAGAGAGAUAACCUGGAACGUUAGUCUGGAACAUUUAGCUGAGAUUCCCCUUACCAGGACGUAAUGCAAUUACAGUGGAACCUCGGUUUUCGAGCGUCUCGGAAGCCGAACGUUUCGGUUUUCGAACGCUGAAAACACGGAAGUAAUUGCUUCUGUGCCUCAGAAGUUGAACAGCUUCCGCUGCGUGUUUUUCAAUUUUUCCAAUUAAACUUGCAGCCAGCGCUUUGUGCCUUGGUUUUUUAACAUUUCGGAAGUCAAAUGGUCUUCUGGAACGGAUUACAUUUGAGAACUGAGGGAACACUCUACUGUGUUGCCCAGGCAUAUGGCUACCCAUGUUGGAAAUUUCAUUUUUUCCAGAGAUUUUGCAAAAAAAUAAUAAUAAAUAGCCCCCCCCUAAAAACUCAACAACUUUGCCCAAAAAAGUGUCCUUCAGUAAAACAACUAACUUCCUCUCUUGUCUCCUCUCUACAGAUGAAGGGCGUUUUAAUUUCUGUCCAAACAGGUAUUGGCUAACUCUCACCAUGAUUGGGCAGAACAACUACAUGAGAAGACGAAUUUGAUGGCUGAUUCGAUCAGAAAUUUCAAACAGGCAGUGGGAAAUUUUGAACAGGCAGUGGGAAAAUAUGUGGAGCCCACCCAGGAAUUAAAUCAGGAGUGUGCCCUGACAGAACAGAAGAGGGAAGAGGAUGUUGCUGAAUCUUGGGCGCCAGAGAUGGAGGGAGCUGUGGCCCAACAGGAACAUGAGCUUUCGGAUUUGACAAAUGAACUUGGAAAAAGCCAGAUUUGGAAAGAAAAAGUUUGGUUUGGUUUGGAAAUGGGGGGCUGGAUAGACCCCCCUAUGCAGGGAUGUUUGGACUUUUCAAGUGUGGCAAUGGGCCGUGAGAUGUUUGGGAUUGUGGGGGCUCCUAAUUUUGGAGGGAUUUUGAAACAUGUUCUUAAAUACCACAUGGAGUUUAGUGUGGAUUAUGGAAAAGGGGCUGAUCUGUCGAGAAGGGUCAAAAAUAUUGUUAAGCUGGAGUUCCCACGAGUGAAACGAGCAGGAGACAAGGGAAAAUACAGUUAUGAAGAAGAGCUGCGGAAGGGACAUGGAAGAGACUUAAGGGCCUCGGAUAUAAGGUUACCAGGUUAAUGCACUAGAUCGAUGGGAUGAUAAGGACUGACAAAACCCGGGACCAGGAGGAAGGGACGCUGGAUGAAGAUUGGAUUGUUUUUAUUUCUUUUUCUACUACUAGGAUUGUUUUAUAAAAUUGAUGAAUGUUAGAAAAAUGUUGGAAUGAAAUUACUUGGCUUUAGUAAAAAUGUUUAAAGAAUUAUGUAAGAAUAUUAUGGUUAUGAGAAGUUGGUAAAAAUAAGAUUUAAGUUUUAAGUUUCAAGGUUUUUUAUAGUAAGAUAAGAUUAAAAUAGUUUAAGGUAAUGUAAUGACAGAAUAUUAUGAAAUAUGGAAAGGAUUUGCUGCAACAAUUAACAACUAGGAUACAAAAAAAGGGAGGAGGAGGAGGUCAAAGAAAGAAGGUAAUGACAGUUGAGGAUUUGAGAAUAACGGAUUUGUUUUUAAAUGUUUGUGGUGUAUUUUUGUUUUUUUUUUAAUUGGUAUUGUUUGAUGUGGUUUGUUUUUUCUUUGCUCUUUCUUUUUUCUUUUUCUACUUUGUUUUCUUUUGUAACUUAAAAAAAAAAUUUCCAAUAAAUAUCAUUUAAAAUAAAAAUAAAAAUAUUUUAUUAUCCCUUUGGAGCUUUCUUUCCAGGCUGUGACGUUUUAUGGUUUACAGUUUGAUUUUUAAAAGAUUUUUAAAACAUAUUUUUCUUUUUGUUAUGUUUGCACUUGUUUUUUUUGUUAACAAAGCAAUAGAAUUAAAAAAGGAAAAAAAUAUUUCCUCUCUACCUGCAUUCCAUAUCAGAUGGCUUUGAAACUCUUUGAGAAGCAGUUGAUCAUAUUGUAUGCAGGCUAUCAGAAAAACGCAAUCCUAGAGCCCCAUUUGGCAUGUAAAACAAAUUGCAAGGUUCUUUUAUGAGUAUUUCUUGGUUUCGUUUGAGAAGGAUAGUUGAAACACAUUUUACUUUUCUUUGUUUUUAUAGAAUGUCGUGGGGAAAAGGAUCUCCGCAAUGUAAAUCCGACAAAUCUGAAGAAGAUCCCACAAAGGUAG